AUGUACUCAAUCGAUAAAAGUAAUAAGCGUAGUUUAUCAAGUUAUACUUAUGAAGUUAAGAGACACCAGGGAAAAAAGAGUUAUCCACAUGUUCUCAACUUUUAUAGUAUAUCCCCUACUGAGGAAAUUACUAUUGACGAGUUUGAAAGUUUCGCUUUUGACAGAAUGCAAGUAUUAAAAGCUCUUGAAGGAGCAAUAUUACGUAACAAAGAAGAAGAAGAAAUAAAAAAACAUAUAGAAAAUGUAUCGAACACUUGGCUUCCAUUACAUUCAAACGAAUCAGAUAAAGGAUAUUCCUUACAAGAAGAAAGAAGAAAAGAUCACAUAUCCCAUUUUAUCUUAAGAUUGGUUUAUUCCAGAACUGAAAAUUUAAGAGCCUGGUUCUUGAAAUACGAGUGUGCUUUAUUCAAAUUGAGAUUUUCGAGGGAAAAUAAAGACGAAAAGUUGUCCUUUCUGAAAGAUGAGAAUAUCACGUGGAAAAAUUUAAGUAAAGCCGAAAGGGAAUCAAUGGCAAACGAAUUGCGUUGGUCAUCAAACUUUGACGAAGAAACAUUUUUUGAGAUUGAUUUUGAAAAAGUACCAGAUCUUGUUGCAAGACGUGCCGUUUAUUUAAAGAAGGGUAAAGCCUAUGUCCCAAUGACCGACCUAUUAUCCCUUGUUAUGUAUGAAUUUCGGCAGAGACUUUCGAAAGCAUUAGAUUUAGCAAGCAAGUCAUUUAUUACUUCAAGAAACGAACGAAUUAUGCCAAUGUUGAAUGAAAUCAUAAAACAAUAUGACGGAAGGACGCAGACAAGCAAUUAUUCCGUAGGUGAUGAUCCAACGUCAGAUAGCGUGCAUCAGCUGGUCGAACAUUUCCCAUUAUGUAUGCAACAUUUAUACCAAAACCUUCGCGAGAAUCUUCACUUGAAACAUUUUGCUAGAAUACAAUUCAACCUAUUUCUUAAGGGAAUCGGACUAACAGUUGACGAGGCGCUUGCUUUUUGGAAAAAAUCUUUUUCCAAUAUCGAUGAUGCCAAGUUUCAAAAAGAUUACGCGUAUAACAUUAGGCAUAAUUAUGGUGCAGAAGGGAAACGCCAAGAUUAUAAACCCUUAAAUUGUAUGUCUAUUAUUACCAAGCAACGACCUAAUUCAGGACAAAUCCAUGGUUGUCCUUUUCGGGAAUUCUCCCAAUCGAAUUUAAGAAGUAAAUUAGUACAAAUGGGAGUAAGAAAUGAAGAACACAUAAGGGAAAUUUUAAGUCUCACUGAAAGAGAACAUUAUCAAGUCGCUUGUACAAAGUAUUUCGAAAUUACCAAAGGUUUAUUAGAUGAUAAUGAUGAGAACAUUAUAGAAACAAUUGAACAUCCAAAUGAGUAUUUAAAAGCAAGUAUUUCUCUUAAAAAAAAUAGGAUGAAAAUGAAUAAUAAAGAUGAUAAAUAA